CACACACACUCACACCCACACACACACACAGAGUAAAAAAAAAUCUGUUCCUUAAAAAAGAUGUAAAUUAAAAAACGAUAAGCAAGUAAUCUGUUAUUCUAUACGACGACUCUUCGUAUAGUUUUAGCCGCUCCUUAAUACUGGCUUGGGUGUAAACACUAUUAACUCGCGCGCACAAGCUUUCCUAACUCUUACGCAAAUUCCUUUCUCUUCUCUUUCUCUCCCUCCUCCCCACCCCCCACUCACACUAGUAUAAAAAAUGACGGGGUUGCUUUAGUUAGUCUCAGUUAAAAGACUCGUCUAUUUGCUGAAAACAAAGAAUAGUUUACGUGGCGCCUUUCUGCCUUUCUGUUCCUAUUUUCAAUUACAAAUAUUUUUUAAAACUUCAACAGACAACUGGUUUAAUUCUAUUUCUUAAUAAAAACAAAAAUGCAGAGGAAAAACUACCUCGAGACUACAUAAGAGACAACCCACCAGCGUUACGAAUCAACUAAGAAGACUUAUGGGUCUCUCGACCUACCAAGAAACAGUAGCCAAAUCUCUCCUUCGUAAUUAAUUCUGUCUUGAAAAGGGAAAAAUAAGAGUUAUUGGAUACUAAGUUUGAAGAAGAUAAGUAAGAUAGAAAAAAGGAAAAAAAAUGAUGAUUACGACUAGAAGAUCUUUGAAGAGAUUUGUUUUCUCAAAGCUGACUUGUUAAGCCAUUACCACAACAACCUGUUCAAGAACAUCGAAUAUAACUUUACACGCCUUGAACAUAAAGUAAAUGUUGACUUAUAUAUAUAUCAGGAAAAGGGAUAAAAAAAUCAGCAACGCCAAAAAAUCUUUUACAAAACAGCUUUUACAAAGAUCAAGAUAUUAACUAAAUAUGAUAUAUUUACACAAUCCCUUUGUAUUUUCUCUAUUGUUUUUCACUGGCAUAUGUUUCGUGCAUUCUGGAAAAUCAUACCACUGUCCUCUUUCAUGUCAAUGCACUAAUGAGCAAGCGGUGCCUGGCACAGUGAGUGUUAUUUGCUAUUUUACUAAGUUAAAAUCAGAUGAUUAUCCUAUCUUCUCUAAGUUGGCUGCAGAAAAUACAACAUACCUAUAUAUAAAAUGUAAUGAACCAGAUUACACCACAUCUUUGGCUAAUAGCAGCCCAUUCAAGCACUUAACUAAUUUGAGAAAACUCAUCUUUGAAACUUGUUAUAUUAAUAAUCUACCAGAAAAUAUUUUUGCUGGCUUGGAUAAUCUUAGAAAUCUCACCAUUUAUAAAAGUAAAUAUUUAAAUGUAAAUUCAAAUGCUUUUGUCAAUCUUCCCAAUUUGGAAACUUUAAGAAUCAACAACUGUGACUCAGUUAAUUUUCCAGUUAAUUCCCUUUGUCAUCAGAAUAAACUGACAACUUUAAAUUUAGCAGAAAAUAAUAUUAAAAAUAUAUCUGAAGUUUUUAAUCUUUGUUUAAAAAAUUCUACAUUAUUGAAUAAUAUAACUGUACUUGUAUUGAAUCAUAACAAAUUGUCUGUUAUACCUGAUAGCUUCAGUGAUAUUUUUAAAUCAGUACAGUAUAUUUUGUUACAAAACAAUAAAAUUGAAAGUGUUCAGCAGGAUGCGUUUUCUAAUCUUCAUAAUUUAGAAUAUAUCAAUCUUUCAAAUAACUCCUUGAGUAAGUUGCCUCAGACAUCUUUUAACUUUUCUUACAAAUUGUAUUAUUUUGAUAUAUCAAAUAAUCCAAUAAAGGAGAUGCCUAUUACGCUACAGAAUUUAUCAAACAUUCAAGUAUUUACAGCUAAAAAUACCCUUUUGGGUGACAGAAUAUGGAAUUUUCUGAAUAGAAAAUCACUGGUCUUGGUCAACUUUGAAAACUGUGGUUUAACAUUUAUCCCUGAAUUUGUAGCAAAACUUCAAACUCUUAAAUAUUUUUUACUGGAUAAAAAUAAUAUCACAACUAUCCGCCCAAAUGUACUUGCAGCAAGUAAAUCUUUAAUUCUUUUGAGGCUUUCUGGAAACAAAAUUACAUCAUUGCCAAAAUUUGCAUUCAAAGGCCUAGAUAGUCUAGUAACACUCUAUUUAAAUGAUAACCAAAUAUCAAUAUUUGAUGAAAAUGUUUUUUUGUCUCUUUCAAAACUUACUAUUUUGGAUUUAUCAACAAACUCAUUGAGUCAUAUACCAAAGUUACCAUUAUCAAUGCAGGUCCUAAACUUAAGACAGAACAAUAUCAAAAAAAUUUCUUCAGAGCUAAAUACUGCUAAAAACCUUGAAUAUUUGGUCCUUAAAGAUAAUGCAAUAGAAAUAAUUGAAAAUGAUGCAUUUUCCCAGUUACAGUCUCUUCAAAUACUUAAUUUGAAAAAUAAUAAUAUAACAAAUAUAAAUAACAACCCUUUUAAAAACUUACAUAAACUAUGGGGACUAAACAUUGCUUUCAAUAAUAUCAAGGAGUUAAGACAUGGCACAAUUAGUCAUUUACCACUUCUUAGAGAAUUUCAUUGUCAUAACAAUCAAUUAACGACAUUAUCAAAAGCAAUGUUUCCUAAAAGUUUAAAACUCAUAGAUUUAUCACAUAACUACAUAAAAUUUCUGACUGAUGAUAUAGUUCAUGACAUGAACGACUUGACUGAAUUGAAUCUCAGAUCGAAUCAAUUAAGUACUGUAAAAGGCUGGAAUUUUUUACGUUCUGCUAAUGCAAAACCAAUUCGAAUUUUAUUAAUAGGUAAUACAUUCAAAUGUGACUGUCGUUUGACAUGGUUGAAGGAAGCUAUCAUGUGGCAACAAAAGUAUACUUAUGCAACUACAUUUUUUGACAUGGUAUUUUGUGGUGAUUAUGAACCAUGGUUACCAAUUGGAUCAUUGGAUACUGUAAAUAUAAAUGACCUUUUAUGUGACUACUAUAAACGUCAAAACAGCCCUCAAAAAUAUUAUUGUACUUUUGGUUGUGAAUGUUGUUUUAAACUUGAAAGCUGCUCAUGUGAAAAUAUUUGUCCAUUAAGUUGCCUAUGUUUAUUUUCACUAGACAAAAACCUCCAUAAAGUUGAUUGCAGAAAGUCCAAUUUGACUCAGUUGACAAGAAUACCAUCUGCAGGUACCCAUAUUGAUCUUAGUGGAAAUAAACUAAACUAUUUGUACAAUACUAACUUCACUGACCACAGUGCAGCUGAAGUUUUAUAUAUGAAUAAUUCCCAAAUAUUAAUAGUUGCCAAUAAAACAUUCAUUACUUUUACAAGUUUAAAAAAAUUAUAUUUACAAAAUAAUUUCAUUGAGGCUUUGCAACAAAAGAGUUUUGAAGGCUUAAAAAAUCUACUGGAACUUAUACUAUAUAAUAACAAAAUUCAAUAUAUCCCAGAGAACACUUUUUCUGAAACUCCCAAACUUAAAUAUCUGGAUUUACGGAAGAACAAAUUGCAAACUAUUACUAGUGAAAUGUUUUCUUCUAAAGCCUUACAGAAGAUCUAUCUCAUUGGUAAUCCAUGGUCUUGUGAAUGUAAUGAUGCGAGUGAAUUUGAAAAGAUAUAUGCAAACGAUACUGAAUUACUUGCUAAUGGUGAGCAGAUUCUUUGUAAAAAAUAUGAUGAUACAUUGGUCAAUAUCUUUAAACAUGUACAAGAAUUCUGUCAAAAUAAUGUCACACAUAAUAUUACAAGAUUUGCCUUCCGUCAAGAUAAGGUUCUAAUAUCAACUAUGUCUGCAGUAUCUUCUGUAGUAGUUCUGAUUUUGAUCAUCACUAUUGUAUUAUAUGUUUAUCGACAAGAAAUUCAGUUAUUAAUGUUUAUUCAUUUUGGAUACCGUUUCAUGUCAAAGAAACUAAUUAUUGACGAAGAAAAUAAACUUUAUGAUGCAUUCGUAUCUUUUGAUAAUUCUCUGGAUUUGUUUGUCUUAAAUGAAUUACUUCCACAACUGGAACAGAAUGAUCCACCAUAUAAGCUUUGUGUGCACUUUCGGGAUUUUGAAGUUGGUCUACAAAUAACAGAGAAUAUUAUCAAUAGCAUUGAAAAUAGCAAAAGAACUAUCCUGUUAAUAACAGACAACUUUCUAAAAAGUGAAUGGUGCAAGUAUGAAUUCCAAACAGCUCAUUAUGAUGGUCUUUCCCAAAAAAUGAAUACUCUGAUAGUUGUUCUUUUUGAAAAUAUCAACGAAGAAUUACUAGAUCCUGAUCUCAAGCUUUACCUGAAGACUAAAACUUAUUUAAAAUAUGAUGAUCCUUCGUUUUGGAAUAAACUUCGUUUUGCUCUCCCAGCAAAGAAAGAUUUUAAACAAGAAACCAAAUGCUAGUAAUUUGUUGCAAAUGAUAACCAAACUAACACAAAACUAUCUCAAAAGGAGAAAACAAAAAUAA